AUGAAUUUCUCCAGCUCUAGCAGUAACUCUAGUCCUGUGGUGAGGGAUGAUCUGAAGAAUGCCAUUUUUAAAAACAUCAUCAUUGUAACUCUCUGCCUGUUCAUCAACUACAUUAAUGCUACUCUGCUUUAUACCUUCACCAAGCAUGAGAUAUUCAAAAUGAAUCCUCGCUACAUUCUCUUCAUCCAUCUAGUCAUCAACGACAUCAUCCUGUUGACACUGUUGACCCUGAUGUACAUAUUGAGCUACACUAUUUACAUUUACAAUGUUUCACUGUGCAUUCUGUUGAUUUUAAUCGGUUCUUCUUCUAAUUUUAACAAUCCUAUGACUCUUGCCUUGAUGGCCAUUGAGUGCUAUGUUGCUGUCUGCUUCCCUCUGCGACACUCACAGAUCAUUACUGUCAAGAAGACAUACAUUGUCAUUGUCUUUAUUUGGCUGAUAAGUGCUUUGUAUCUACUUCCUGAUGUAUUUAUUGCUUUAGCUAAAGAGCCUCUUGAUUUUUUUUAUUCUAAAAUAUUUUGUACAAGGCCUAAUAUUUUUAGACAUUCACAAGUGGCAGAGAAAGAUAUCAUCUUCAAUGCAGUGUUUAUGGUCAUAAUCUGGUCCACUCUUUUCUACACAUAUUUACAGAUAGUGUUCACAGCAAAGUCGGCUUCAGCUGGUGCUCGAAAAGCCCGAAACACUGUGCUACUUCAUAGUUUCCAGCUAUCGCUCUCAAUGCUCACCUAUUUGUAUUUUGUAAUUUAUUAUGAACUCACAGCACUGUUUCCAGAAAGUGCGUCUGCUAUCCGUUUUGCUAUGAUGAUUUUCAUCAAUAUCAUUCCACGACUUGUCAGUCCCCUCGUUUACGGGAUCAGAGAUAAAACUUUUAGAAAAUACUUCACACAACAUUUGUUUUGUGGGAAAGCAUUUCAUUAA